AUGAAGCCGAGUCUGGUGGCCGCCGCCGCGGCUAAGAGGCCGGAGCCGGAGCGGGGACCAGGGCAGGGGCAGGGGCAGCAGCGGCGGCGCCCGGGAGCCGAUGCGCGCUGGAGGGAGAAGGGCGAGGCGGAGGCGGAGCGGCAGCGCACCCGGGAGCUGGAGGCCACGCUGGCCGGGCUGGGAGAGCUGGACUACUGCGCCAGGCAGGAGCUGCUGGUGAAGAGCCUCUGCGGAGCCACCGCCGGCGGCCGCCCCAGCGCCGCGGGGCCCCCGCGGGAGCCGCCCGGGGAAGGGGACGCCAGCGCAGCCUGGAGAAAGUUCCUGGGAAACAUCCUCCUGCUGAGGAAGCAGCUGAACUGCUUGAGAAGGAGAGAUGCUGGUCUAUUAAAUCAGCUGCAAGAACUAGACAAACAGAUAAGUGAUCUAAGACUGGAUGUAGAGAAGACUACAGAUGAGCACCUUGAGACAGAUAGUCGCCCAAGUUCAGGAUUUUAUGAGCUGAGUGAUGGGGCCUCUGGAUCACUUUCCAAUUCCUCUAACUCAGUCUUCAGUGAGUGUUUAUCCAGUUGCCAUUCUAGCACCUGUUUUUGCAGCCCUUUGGAGACAUCUUUGAAUAUCUCGGAUGGACGCCCAAAAUCUGCAGAUCUCAUAGGCUGGAUGGAUUAUAAUAAAGAAGGCCAGCACGAGGACCCGGCAUCAGGUGCUGUCUGUCGUUCGCACUCCAAUUCCCUUGAUGUGGUUGCAGAUGUACAUCCAAAGUAUCAGUGUGACUUGGUAUCUAAAAAUGGGAAUGACGUGUACCGUUACCCCAGUCCCCUACAUGCAGUAGCCGUGCAGAGUCCAAUGUUUCUUCUACCAGUGACCAGUAAUCCCCGGAGAGAAGAAGAGAGACGCGGUUGCAAUGUUAAUGAUGUUUGCAUUGGAGCUGAACUAGACUCAGUAAAAACAGGCAAUUCCUUUCUCCUGCAGAGCUCAUGGUCUGUAUCUUGUCCUUCAGCCAACAAAAAAAUAGAUGGUUACAUCUUGAGCCUUAUUCAGAAAAAGAUGCAUUCUGUGAGGACUAACAAACCGAGAACAAAUCUGAAUGCUGACCCCACAAAAGGCAUUUUGAGACAUGGGAGCAUGUGUGUUAGACAGACCACGGCUGUUUCACAUACUAACAUUGUGAACCUGAAGAAUUCCAAACAAGCAUGUUUGCAUUCCAGGGAAACAACCGCUUUGGAUAAUGGCACCUUCUCAUCAUUAAAUCAGCAGCCAAAAGAAUCUAAUGGGGAACAGCUGGAAAGCAGGAAGGUGCCUACAGCUGCAGCCUACCCACCAAGCGCUGUCAAUGAACUUCAAAGCAAACAUCUGUCAAGGAACGUCAAACCAGCACCUCAAGAAGUAAACUGGUGUCCUGUAGCUACGACAGGAGAUAUCCCAAAGGAAAAUGGCCAACUCUUUGCUAUGUCUGCUAAAGAAAGUCCUGGCAGGCAUACAGCACUGCAGCAGGAGAAUAAAGUGACCCAGCCACCCAAAAAGCUACUGCUAAAAAACCGCUUGCAAGCGGUUCACCCCACUUCACCUCCUCUGGAGGAGAGACCCACAUUGGAUUUCAAGAGUGAGGGCUCUUCCUCUCAGAGCCUGGAUGAAGGCUUGCUUGUGAGUCCUCAGUACAUACCAGCUCAACAGCAAAGCCUUAAGCUUCACAAAGGCACCAAAAGUGUCAAAAUUCUGAAGAGCUCUACUCUGAAACAAAGGUCCCACCUGGCCAGCCUGCUGGAAAGCAACACGCCAACCAUGCGGGAGAAAACCAAGCCAACUGGCAAAAAGUGUCGUUUCCCUGAUGACUUGGAUACAAAUAAGAAACUUAAAAAGCCCUCUGUGAGAGGGAAGAAAAGCAGCAGUUCACAGCUGGAGCCAAGCCUCCCAAGCAGGCAGGCUGGCCUCCAUAAAACUGUGAUCAAAUCUCACGGAUAUGGCAGAGAAGCAGUUGUGGCCAAACCUAAACACAAGCGAGGAGAUUAUCGCCGGUGGAAGUCAUCGGCAGAAAUUUCCUAUGAGGAAGCCCUCAGAAGGGCGAGAAGAAACAGGAGAGAAGCCAUAGGGGUCUAUUCACAAGUUCCCCUUCCGUACGUCAGCCCCUACGCUUACAUUGCUAGUGACUCUGAGUAUUCAGCAGAGUGCGAAUCCCUGUUCCACUCCACCGUAGUGGACACCAGUGAAGAUGAGCAGAGUAACUAUACCACAAACUGCUUUGGGGACAGCGAGUCCAGCUUGAGCGAGGUGGAGUUCGUUGGGGAGAGCACGACGACUAGUGACUCUGAUGAAAGCGGGGGGCUUAUUUGGUCUCAGUUUGUCCAGACUCUUCCUAUCCAAACGGUGGCCGGUCCGGAGCUGCACGAAAAUGCAGCAAAGGCCUUUGUCAAAAUUAAAGCCUCACAUAACCUCAAGAAGAAAAUCCUUCGCUUCCGAUCUGGCUCUCUCAAACUGAUGACGACUGUCUAAUGAAAUGACUUGUCCUCAUGGAACGCGUCUGUUUCUACUUAAAGAAACAAGGUGCUUUUGUGUAAAUAUUUUCAUAGAUUUUGUUUUUAAUACAAAUAUUUAAAACUUAAGGUAAAUUAUGACAUGGCUUCAAAUCUUGGGUGGAUACUAGUGCCUUUUCAUGG